AUGACCAUGAGUGAAGUGGACAGAGCAUCCGAGACUGACCAUGUUAUCGUCCUCACACCCGAAGAGAAGAGAGUUUUCGGGCAGCUUUUCCAGGCUGCUGACCGCGACGGACUCAGCGUUGUUACGGGAGAGCUAGCUGUUAAAUUUUUCGAGAAGUCUGGGCUUAACCCGAGAAUCCUUGGAGAGAUUUGGGGAAUCGCGGACACGCAAAACCGGGGACUGCUUACGAAGGUCGGCUUCAGUGUUGCUCUUAGGUUGAUUGGACAAGCGCAGAAUGGGCAGCAUCCUCGCCCCGAGCUGGCGCAACACCCUGGACCUCUCCCAGUGUUCGAGGGUGUAAACAUCAUAAAUACACCGGCGCCUCCAGUUACUUCUUCGCCGCCGCCGCCGCCGCCGCCACCAACAGCCCCAGUUCAACAGGCCCAACUUUCGGGCCCGGGAGGAGGAAUGAUAAGAGUUCCUCCUAUCACUAUUCAGGAUGUGGAGAGAUUCACGGGACUUUUCGAAAAGUCCGGGGCCCAGGAUGGUGUCCUGCCGGGUGAUGUAGCGAAGAGCAUCUUCCAGCGUGCCAAGCUUCCGAACCAGACUCUAGGAUUGAUUUGGAACCUUGCCGACCGACAACACCGAGGCGUUCUCGGCCCAGCAGAGUUCGUGGUCGCUAUGCACUUAAUUACCUGUUCCAAGAAUGGAUCACUGCCCGUAUUGCCUCAAAUCCUUCCCCCCGGUUUCUAUGAAGCUGCAGCUGCAGCGUGCUCAAUCGCCUUGUCGAGGCAGUUCACCCCUCCAGUUACGCAGGCUCUCCCUCGUCAGGGAACUGGGGACUGGGCAAUUAGUGCUGCCGAUAAGGCUCGUUUUGAUCAAGUCUUUUUGACAAUUGACAAGCAGAACAGAGGCUUCAUCACUGGAGAGGAGGCUGUUCCUUUCUUUGGAAACUCAAACCUUCCAGAGGAUAUACUUGCUACUAUCUGGGAUCUUGCAGAUAUUACUAAGGCGGGGCGUUUGAACCGCGAUGAGUUUGCUAUUGCUAUGCACCUUAUACGUCAACAACGCAACUCUCCUGGUGCAGGUUCAUUGCCUGAAGUUCUUCCUAUGAAUUUAAUCCCCCCGUCUAUGCGCCAACAGGUGCAAUUCUCACAUCCUCUCCCAAGCUCCUACGAACCGCAAGCACCCCCAGCCCCACCCCUACCACCAAAGGCAGCUUCAGAUGACUUGUUUGAUUUGGACUUUUCAGGCACGCCAGCAUCAGCACCGGCACCGCCAGCCUCUGCCCCUCCUCCAGCUUCGCUAAGUCCAUUUGAUACGGAUGUUUUUGGUAUGAAGUCCGCCCCGCCAACUGGUGCGACCGCUGGAGCCCCCCCAGGGAUGGCUUCACAAGCUCCCAAUUUUUUUGCAACCACUGCACGGACAUUUGUGCCUACAUCUGGUUUUGGACAGGCCAUGAUUUCCCCUUCACAGACUGGAGGCUCUACUACUUCUGCAACCGCAAAUCGUCCCGCACCUCCUAUGAUGGAUGAUUUGCUUGGUGACGCCGACCCGGAAGUUAGCAAGAAACUUACAAACGAUACUACUGAAUUGGCAAAUCUGUCGAAUAAUAUUGGUACUUUGACUAAACAAACUACGGAGCUGAAGGGAAAGAGAGCUUCUACUGAGCAAGAGUUAUCUGCUCUCAGCUCCCAGAAGGCAGCUAUUGAAGCACAGUUGGCUACCUUAAGAGCAGCUUACGAGCGGGAGGCGGAACAUGCCAAAAAGAUGGAGGAUCAGCUCGCGGCUUCAAAGGCAGAUACCAAUAGGCUGCGCAUAGAGUAUGCAUCGGUAGAACAGAAUUAUAAUGAGCUUAUCUCCCGAAAGCAGGAAGUUUCCUCCGCACUCGAUUCCGAUAAAAGAGAGAACGAGAACCUGUCUCAGAGGAUGAAGGCACUCAAUGCGGAAAAUAUUAAUUUAAGACAGGAGCUAGAGAGAUUACAAUCGCAGGCCAGACAACAGAAAGGGUUAGUAGCUAUCAAUAAGAAACAAGUUGCCACUGGAGAAAGCGAGCGUGAUAGACUUCAAAAAGAUAUCGAAGAUACCAGGUCAAACAUUGCUAGUCCUCCUCCUCCGGGCAGUCCGACGCCUUCAUCUGCCAGCAUAAAUACAAACCCUUUCCAUCGUAGGUCACCGCCAGCGGCUGCAGAUUCAGCAUUUUCACCCUCACCAUUUGCUCCGGGAGCUGCCGCACCCCAGGCCCCGAGUCUAGAUGAUGUUUUCGGUCCUGCAUUUGCUGUUUCACCGAUGCCAACUGGGUCUUCUUUGACCUCCUUCCAUAGGGCACAAACUGAGGUUAACCCACCUGCUAGUGCCCACGGUGGCGAUGAGUUUUCGAGACCAGAUACACCGAACUGGGCGACCCCCAGCGAUACUCCGGCCAGGGAAAGAGAUGCAUUUGUUAAGGCUGAAGACAGGAGGGGUAGUUUCAGCGUAAAGAGUGAUGCUGGUACCGAAGCUUCAGCUAAGGUAUCGUUCCUUGAUGGCGGAAAAGAGAAGACGAACAACGAUAGGUCGCCAUUCGCCUCCGUUAUGCCCGUGGAGAAGAAUACUACUGGAAGUACUACUGGUGGUGAGAGGCCUGGUAUGAGACCCUCUGAGAAGAGAGACUCCUUCUCAAGUUACGGAACACCAUCCCAGUCGAUUCCUGGCGCAUUUCCAAGCAUUGAAGGAAUGCAGGCUCCAAUCAAACCCACUGCGACUGGCGAAAGUACUAUGAGUAACAAGAGCAGUGGCAGUGGUAUUGGAAAGUCUGCAUUUGGGUCAAUGCUGGCUAACCGGGCUGAUCCCAAAGAUUUUGAUGAUGCAUUCAAGACCUUUUCUGUGAGGACUCAGGAAAGACAAAACACCGGCGGAUCCGCUACCGGAAGUUUGAGCGCUAGUAGAUUCGAUAAAGAAUUCCCACCGAUAGAGGAGGUUGGGCCAGAUGAUGAUAGUGACAGUGAUGUCGAUAAGGGAUUUGAUGACAAUUUCACUUCCAGCCCUAUCCAAACCCAUACCCAACCGGCCACCACUGCCCCCCCACCGACAACAAGUCCUGCUCCAAUGGAUCAGGGUAUAUCUAGGCCGCCUGCUCUGUCAGCUCAGCAGUCCCCCCCUGCAUACACUCCUGGAUCGAAGGCUGGAGAGAAGAACCCGUUCCCGGAAUAUAGCGGGCUUCUUCCCUCCAGGACUGAUCCAAUGAAGCAUGAGGGCACUACUCCUGGUGGAGGUACCAACACAGUUAUUUUCCCUGGUUCUGCUCCUACAUCCCCCCAACAUACCGGCUCAAAUACCUUUGGUCAGAAUAACUCGAUUUUCUCCUCAUCACCCUCUGGUGUAAAAGGUCAAUCGUUGAGUGCCAACAACACUGGAAAUGUUUUCUCUGCUUCGCCUCCGAUCGUAUCCAAGAAUCCUGCUCCCUCUGCAGCAAAUACAGCCCAGCCGUCGGCUAACCCCAUUAUUUCUGACGAAUUUGAUGACGAGUUUGGAGAUCUAGCAGAGGCCAAAGAAGCUGACGAUAAGGGCGACGACAAUGAUUUUGGCGGAUUCGAUGACUUCAACCCCGUGUUCGAUUCUCAAUCCAGUCAUAGCAAUAACCAUACAGCAUCCGGUAAUGCUAUGGACGCCGAUGAAGGCUUCACAACGUUCAACUUCAAUAUCGAUUCUCCUUCAGCGCAGACACAAAAACAGGGGCAGCAACAACAGCAUGAAGAGGACUGGGAUGCUAUUUUUGACCCGCCGCAACCCCCAAGGACGCAGACAAAUGGAGGAACUGAGGAGACUUCUGGACAGAGUGGUACGGGCCCCGUCGAUGUCGAGGCUGGGGGCGUUGCCCUGGCUGGUGAGAGCGACGUUGCAUCAGAGGAUGCAAAGAUUACUGAGUUGACCGGAUUGGGUUUUGGCAGAGAGAGUUCGGUGAAGGCACUCGAAAAGCAUGGUUACAACCUCGAACAAGCGGCAAACUCCCUCUUUUCGGAAGCGGAGUCGAAGUAA